UGUGCAUGUGCUGAGCAAUCGUUCAGUUGAAUCGAGUAUGGUAACUAACUGUGUAUGUGCUCUGCAAUCAUUCAGUAGUAUGGAGUAUGGCAAAUAAGUGUGUAUGUGCUAUGCAAUCAUUCAGUGAUAUGGAGUAUAGCAACUGAGUGUACAUGUGCUUAGCAAUCAUUCAGUAUGUUUCAACCUUAAAACGACAUAUUUUGAAUCGAGAAACGGAGAGAAACUAUCAAGGUAUCUGAUUUUUUCGUAUUUUACAUAAACAUAAAAUCAAUGCAUGAAUCGCUAGAUUUCAUUAACAACACGAAAGUGAAAGCUGAGAUUUUGUUUGCUUUUACAGAUUGAUUUAUUAAAAUGUCUUUCGAAGAGGAAAACGAUUCACUGCUCGAGGAAGUAUUUGAGUUACUCGAGAGUCCAGACUGUGAAAAUCCGGAAGUGAUUCUGCUGAUUGGAAGAAGUGGAGCUGGGAAAAGCUCUCUUGUUAACACCUUACAUAAGGUUUUAACAGGAAGGUUCUACACCAUAGCUAAACAGGGAAGUGGUCAAACACAGACAGUGACGCUCGAUUUGCUCAGAUACGAGAAUUGCGGAGUAAUGUUACAUAGAAUUUCUGACAAAAACACAAGAGAAAGGAUGACAAAUCUAUUACCAAAGUUGCCACACAUUCUUGACUUUGCUGGGCUAGCUGACGAAAAUACACCCAAUCUACGCGAGAUAAUAGAGCUACUGAUUGGAGGUUAUAUUCGGCCUGGGACAAGUAUUGACGCACUGGAGAAAAAGCAAGAGGAACGCGGCAUUGGAGGACUGAAAGAAGUUUUUAAACCUCACCCAGCCUGGAAAGUUUCAAAGAUUAUCUUCAUGCAAGGGUGUAUUGAUGAUAUACCUAAAAAUCUAAUCCAGUGUUUGAGAGAGGUUUUGAAGAUAUUUAACCCGGCUACGUUAACUAGAAAAUGUAACUAUUUGACUAAUAUUGCAAACAUAUGUCGUUCAGAUUAGCGGCAUUUUUCCUUGAAUAACUCCCACGUACAUGUGGUCUUUUAUACCUCCUUAAAAUGAUCUUUUUAAAGGGGUGAGGGAUUUCAAGAAAUCACUUUAUUCAGUCCUUCUGUACGUCCGUGAUAUAUCUGGCUUAAGAUUUUUCAGCUAAUGAACAAAAGAGGGAUUUACUAGUUCUGAACUUUUAUAUAUCUUUCGCAAAUUAAACCAAAUAAAAAUGUUUUCAAUAGCAUGAAAAGAAGUCUGUAUGUGAGCAUCUAAACUUGUCUACUCCUAACGCACAAAUUUAGUCAAAAUUUACAAAUCGUCGCACGUACUUUGUCAUUAGGAAUGAUAUAAGGGCAAUUUUGCAUCAUUUUGCGAAAAUAAAAUGUCCCCACUC